AUGCCCCCUCGUCUCUCCCCCGCAUUCCAGCUGACGAUGAUUAUGGCUAGCAGCUUCCUCUCCACAAAACGGUUCAGCGGAGCAAUAGGCAACAGCCUCAAGGGAUUGUUCAACCCUAAGCUUCGUCAUGCGAGCCUGCUGAUGUAUUUUAAGAAGCGGUAUCAUGCUUUGGCUAUAACGUUCACCUACCCGCCGAUGAUGUACUUCCCUGCUUCGCACAUGGAGGGUUACGCUUAUGUUGACCCUCAUCUGCAUUGGCAAUCACGAACAUCGCCACCCUGAUGGGUCUCCUGGCGGACAAGCACGGAUCUUUCACCUUGUUAAACCCCACCAUGUCUUCGAACUGGUGCUCUCAGUGGCUAGUCUUCGAGCCCAGGACUGUGCAAUCGGGUUUGCUUUCGCCCGAGUUCAUAUGGGCGAGGCCUGUCGGAUUGUUUGGGUACAUUUGACAACUUGUAUCGCUAAAGAAGCGAAUGGUGGAAAUCCAUUCAUUAGUUGCCAAGGAGUCCCAUACUGUCUAUGCAAGAUGGUGAAAUCGAAGCGGUUUUGGUGCAUCCCUCUGGACGGUGGCUCCAAUGAGGUAUUCGCUGUUGACAUCGGCCUGGACCAGCCGGUUUUUGACCUCAAGGUGAUGAUCAAAGCCUCGUUGAAUCGCAUGCGCCAAUACGAUGCUCAAGAUAUCCCGUUAUAUAAGCUAAACGAGCCAGUCCUUGUCGCUCCCGCAGCUACUCUUUUACAACGCAUCAAAGCACAAGGAGAGAUUGAGGAUAUUGCUGUUAAAAUGAAGGAACCCUCUGAAAGUUUAGGUGAUGUCUUCCCAGGCGGGGCAAGUUUCAUCUGUGUCACAGUCUAUAUGUCAAUUGACAUUCACUUUGCCCCAGAAGAUGAACCUGGGCCGCCGUUUAAACGAGCUCGUUUGACCAGUCCAGACGAGAUUCCGGAUUGGCUUCAGGAGCUCCACAAGAAGAUCUGGAAUCGCAAAGACCUCCGUCAAGAACUGUUCCGCAGCGUCACACUCACACUUACAGAUUACAACAGGUUGCAAGAGAGCAUGACAAAGCUUUAUCUGAAUGUCCAAGAAGAGGAUUGUUGGAAUGGUACUGCUGGUGUUGUAACGGCCAGGCUUGCUGCACUCCAAUCCAGCAACAACUGCUUGGUCACCGACCAUGGCCCUCAUCGCAUUGUGCAACCAAUCAAUCAUAAUGAUGAUCAAACUGAAGGUGACGAUGAGGUUGAUGAAGAACUUGGUUCCCUCUUCCCAUUUGCACUUGAAUACUUGGAUCUUUCCAGCUUAAAUCUCCAGUCUCCACCACCAUGCAUGCCUAUGCCGCUUCUCAUUCGGAAAGAAUACCACAUCCUCUCCAAGAUGCUGAAUGACCUGCCACAGGACGGUCGUGGUUCUGCAAUCAUAACUGGCCAGCCUGGAAUAGGUAAGACUGCUUACCUUUAUUAUCGAUUGAUACAAAGCAUGCUCGCGGGCACCCGAUGUUUAUUUCAACCCAUUCGAAACGAAAAGCAUGAGAAUACGGUUUAUCUAAUCGCUGAAUCAUCGAUCGAGGUAGUCAAUUCCUGGUCGACCGAAGGUGUUGUAGCCUUCUUUGAUGCUGAUGGGCCAUCACCCCGACCGGCGCAGUUUAUUAUCGACAAUCAUUACAUUAAAAUCAUUGGGGCAUGCUUACCAAACGUGGCAGAUGAAAAAUGGACAACAAAGAUGGGCAACGGCGCUGUUUUGAACAGGAUUGUGACCACUCUGUGGUCACGUCAGGAGCUUUAUAUAACAGGAAUGUUUCUUGCUGUGCCACAUUUACCCUACUCCCGCCUCCAAGAAUUAACAACAUAUUUUGGUUUCAACCCUCGCACCUGCUUUAAUGCAAGAUUGAAACCACAUUACUUGCUUGACUACUUGGGGAGCAUUGAAAAAAAGAUAGACGAGACUGCGAAAAAAACUUCCUUGGAAAGUAUUUGGCGUGAAACCUGCUCAAGGAAAUCGAUCUCGCACUCCAUAUUUCAGAUCUCACCAAAAGAUGAUCGUCGUAUGUUGAGCCAGGUUACAACAGCAGCGAUUUCCCCAUGGGCUUUGACUACCUUGUUAAAAAUCUAUGAACAUCGUCAAGCGGAUGCGUCAUUCGAAUUCUACAACAUGAUUAAAGACUUGCCUGAUGAGGGGACCAUUCGAGGGGCGGGAGCGAUUCACGAUACGGUGUCUGAUUGGAUCCAACACCUCCCAGUGGAUGUAUCCUGGUCCCACGGAGAAUUCCUUCUCUUAUUCGUCAACAUUCCCCCACUUGCUCGAGGACGCAGUCACCCAGCAAAAGUCUGUUCACCUGGUCCCGCAAGAUCCAGACUUUCCUGCAAUUUCUAUCCUCUAUAUUCCAGGGGACGUUUUAACCGUAAUCCAUGUUACUGUUGAAACAGAGCAUCCUGUGGCAGUCGUUGAUCUCGAGAGAAUCGAAUCAUGGCUCAAACGAGCUUGUAUACUUGCCAACCUUCGACCCUCGAUCCUGGGCAACCACUGGCGGCUUAUAUUUGUGGUGCCGGAGCAAAUAGCUUCGACUUUUCAUAUUCAGAGGUAUGAAGGUGACCGUGAUUCAAAUGAGUGGUUCGAGAAAGUCGACCAGCAUGUUCUUGGAAUCGAGGAGCAUGCGCUAUGGGGAAGGUCCAAUCAACUCCCAAGUUGUUCUGAGGCCUACGACUAAUGAACAAGACCUCCUUCCUUUCAUUCAGAUCUAUCGCCAAUCGUUGACUAUGAGUAGUUCGUGCUCUGGGUGACUGCGGGCAUGUUUGAGUACAUUGUAUUGCUGAAGAAGCGGAAUCGGUUAGGGUGAAUUAUUUUAUUAUGACUAGUUGCUAUGGUAUGACUCGUCUAUGAUCCAUUCGAUAGUUCACGCUUCCGUUGUGCAGUUAACAAAUGCU